AUGAGCUUACUCCGCCUACUAGCUCCAUCUUUAAUCUCGAAAUCCUUGAAAUCGUGUGGGAAACUACAUUGCUAUGGUUCACAGUCAGAAAGAAUCCAACUGAUUCAUACAGAGGCAACAUCAGUUAAUGUUGUCACUUCCAUUUGUAAUUCGUUCAGAAGUGGUUUAGAUUGGGACACACUCACUAAAAAAUUUCAUCAUGUUGAGCUUGAUGAACUACUUGUUGAGAAAGUACUAUUGGAAUUGAAGGGACCCAUUGAUGCAAAGCAGGCUUUGGGUUUCUUUCAUUGGUCAUCUCACAGAAACAAAUCUGAGCAUGGAGUCCAGUCUUACUGCAUAGCCAUUCAUAUUCUGGUCCAAGCUCGGUUGAAUGUGGAUGCUAGAGCUUUGAUUGAAUCAGUUUUGAAGAAAAAUUCUGGAGACUCUUCUAGAUUCCUAGUGGUGGAUUCACUACUUAGUAGUUAUAAAAAUACUGCUUCGAAUCCAUUUGUUUUUGAUCUGCUUAUACAAGCUUAUUCUAGAUUGAGAAUGUUUGAGGCUGGUUUUGAAGUUUGCUGCUAUUUGGAAGAACAUGGGUUCUCAUUAAGUCUUGCAACUUUCAAUACUUUGGUGCACGUUGUUCAAAAGUCUGGCCAGAGUACUCUAGUUUGGAAGAUUUAUGAGCAUAUGAUUACAAAAAGGAUAUACCCUAAUGGAACAACGAUUCGAACAUUAAUUAGCUCGUUGUGCAAGGAAGGGAAGCUGCAAAAAGUAAUUGGAAUGUUGGAUAGGAUCCAUGGAAAUAGAUGCUCUCCGUCUGUGAUCAUCAACACUAGUUUGAUUUUGAGGAUUUUAGACGAAGGUAGAGUUGAAGAUGGUGUGGAGAUACUGAAAAGAUUGUUGCAAAAGAAUAUGGUUUUUGACACCAUUGCUUACUCUUUGAUUGUUUAUGCUAAAGUGAAGCUAGGAAAUUUAGGCUCUGCCUGGGUUGUUUAUGAAGAAAUGCUGAAGAGAGGUUUUCGGCCAAACCCUUUUGUUCUUACGCUGUUUAUAGGAGGCUACUGUGAAGAGGGAAGAAUUGAAGAAGCAAAUUGCUUGAUGCAAGAUAUGGAAGACAUUGGUUUGAAGCCUUAUGAUGAGACUUUCAAUUACCUAAUUAAGGGCUUUGCCAAGGCAGGAAGAUUAGAAGAAAGCUUAAGAAGUUGCGAAAGAAUGGUGGAACAGAGCUUUAUUCCGAGUUGUUCUGCUUUCAAUGAAAUGAUUGAGAAGCUUUGUGAAAAUGGAGAUAUGGAAAAAGCUAAUGCAGCAUUAACUCAAUUAUUAGAGAAUAAAGGUUUCAAACCAAAUGAAAUCACUUAUGCUACUCUGAUUAAUGGCUAUGAGAAAAAAGGUGAUGUUGAAGAAGUUGUCAAGCUUUUUUAUGAAAUGGAGAACAUGCUACUAUCUCCGGGUUCGUCUGUUUUUGCAGCAUUGAUAAAGAGCUUCUGCCAAUCAGGUAAAAUGGAGGAAGCAGAGAAGCAUUUUCAGAUUAUGAAAGACCGUUCGCUAGCUAGAGACGAGUGCUUGUACGAGACAAUGAUCGUUAACUACAUUGAGAAGGGAGACAAGAAAAGGGCCCUUAGACUUCACAAUGAAAUGGUUCAUGAAGGGCUAAGGCCUCAUUGCCAAAUACUUGAUACAUUUCCAAGUACUGCUAACUGUAAAGCUUCUUGUUCACUUGGUAAGUUUCAGUCAUCUUCCAAAGUACUUUGAAUUUAAUAUAUGUCAAAAAUAAAAUAACAGUUAUAUUUCUGUUCAAUCUCUAUAUAAAUAGUAGUUUAGAGCUUUUAGUGAUUCAUUCAUGAACUCAACAUAAUAAUAAUGUCUAUAAUAAAAUGCUUGCAUGUA